UGAUCAAAGGGCAGUGAAAGACUGGAUUUUUUUUUUUUUUACCUUUUUCCUAUAAUUUAGUUUCAGUUAGAGAGAUCAUGGCCCAGUGGAUAGAAGCACUGCAGGAUCCACAGUUGGUGGCCAAGUUUCAGAUGUUCUGUGGGCUCACCUUACAGCCAAAGGGUGAGACUAAUGGGGUAUCUCUAGGGCAUAUUCCAUUGAGGGCUUUCCAAGGAGGCAGAAACAAAUCCACAGGGGUCAAGGGUGUUCCCCAGGAAAAAGAGCUGAAUGGUUACAGCAAUGGAUCAUAUGCAAAUGGAAUACAUAAGAAGGAUCACAUCCAGAAAUAUGUGGUGCAGAACCAUUUGCUUUACUACCUCUUUCGAUUUGCUGCAGCCCUAGGUCAGGAAGUGUUCUACAUCACCUUCUUACCAUUUACUCUGUGGAAUAUUGAUUCUUUCGUUGCUCGUCGACUCAUCAUGGUCUGGGCUAUUGUUAUGUACCUGGGCCAAGCAUCUAAGGACCUUCUAAAAUGGCCACGUCCAUCAUCUCCUCCAGUGGUGAAGCUGGAGACCAGAGUGGAAGCGGAGUAUGGAAUGCCAUCCACUCAUGCAAUUGCUGCCACUGCAAUCUCGUUUACUUUCCUCUUGGCAACCAUGAAUAGGUACCAGUACCCAUUUGGGAUUGGCCUUACUGCUGCUCUCUGCUUAUCCACUCUGGUGUCUCUCAGCCGGCUUUACACAGGAAUGCACACUGUACUGGAUGUUAUCUGCGGUGUUAUGAUUGCCUUGUUGUUCUUGGCCCUGACAUUCCCCAUGUGGGAUUCAGUAGAUGAAUUACUUUUGACCAACCCUAUCUGUCCAGUACUCGCAGUUAUUGUUGGUUUUCUUUUAAGCUACACCUACCCAAAGAUGGAUCAUUACAGCACCACCAGAGCGGACACGGUUACAAUUUUGGGAUGUGGAUCAGGGAUUUGUGUAGGGACUUGGCUCGGUCAUUAUUUUGGGAUGACCUACAAUCCCUCUGGUCCGUUUCCCCUUAGCAUCCCACCAAUCACCACAAAUAUGUUAUUAGUGCAGUUAGCAAGAUUUGUGCUCGGAGUAAGUCUCCUCCUUUUAACACGGUUUGCUGCUAAAACACUGUCCUUAAAAAUUCUUGGCUCAUGGUAUAAUGUUCCCACACAGGACCAAUUGGUUAGACAGCGGCUGGAAAUCGAAGUGCCCUACAAAUUUGUUACCUACACUUCUCUUGGGGUUGUUGCAAAUACAUUGGUCCCGUGGUUGUAUCAAGUAUUUAGAUUAUAGUUGUCUAGGAUAGGGCUUUACAGAAUUAAUCUAUCAACUUUACGUUACAGAUUGUGGGUCUAUCUAUAUAAAGCACAUUGCCCUGAGUUGACAAAAUCCUUUAAACAAAAUACAAUAUUUAUUUCCAACAAAACUGUAUCCGUUGGUUAUCAACCGCUACACACGCUUUAGUGAAUAGAGCUCCAAAACAUACCUGUUUAGAUUAUGCAUCGUAUGUCACACACCUAUAUCACUCAAUCUGCCCCAUCUCAUAUACAGCACCAAUGAGCCUAUAUAUAUAUAAUAUUGUCACAUACAGCAUCCGUCUAAUACCUCCUCUAAUAUAAUGUUAUAUGUUCAUAUGGAGCAAAUGAUACGUUUUGUAAAACCGAUUGUCCUGCUUGUGAUUGUUCUUUAUUUCUUAACUUGUUCAGGAAAUGUCUUGAUGCACAGAAUUUGGCAGCAAUAUUUAUCUAUAAUUUAUAUGAAUUUUGUGUGUUGCUAAUAUGUUUUGCACCAUAAGACAGGACACCUUACUUACACCUACAGUGUUUUUGAAGACUACGAAAUAACAAAAGGGGGAAAAAAAAAAUAUCAAACUGGAACAGCCAUGGAUUUAUCAAUUGUUCAUUUUUUAUUAGAUUGUAUAUAUUUAUACAGGUUGUUACAACUUUUUUCCCCCCACAUGGUUCAGCAUUUUUUUCUUUUUCUUUGAAGAGAUCCUAAGAAAAAUGGGGAAUCUUUCAAGGUAGUAUGGAGGUAACAGCAUUUUCACCAUUUCCUUAAACAGAAGUCCAGGACCAAAUUGCAAUAUAUUUAUACAAAACUCCCAUUUUAUUAUCUAAGUGUCAGAAUUGCUUUUUGAAAUCAUCAUUCGUGUAAUGUUUGAUUUGUGUUCUAGCUAAGAAAAGUCACCAUUUAUAUUUCAUACUGGAUACCGUGGGACUGUGAUAAUAAACUACUUUUUUACUACAAAAUUCAGUACAAAUGAGAGGUGGAAAAAAAGUUUAUAGGUGCAGAUAGUUACUUAUAUGCAGAUAGUAAAUGUGCCAGAAUCUAUGAACUAAAAUGAAUUCUGCCACUUUUGUACAGAUAACCCUGUAC